UAAUAUACUACUAUAGUUACAUAAUAAUAUACGCACAAGCAUAAAGCAUAUUAUAAAGAUAGCACAAAGCAUAAUAAUAUAUGCUUUGCAUCGAUAUAAUAUAAUAAUUUCAAUUACUAUAUUAUAUAAUAUGCAUACGGAAACGUGUGUGAAUAAAUAUAAUAAAUAUAAUAUAAUAUAAUAUAAUUAACAUAUUGUAUAUGAUGAAAAUGAUAAUAUAUCAUUUUAUUAUAUCAUUUCAAGAUAUGAUAUUUAAGAUAAUAAAGUUUAAUUAAAAAAUAAAUUUUUAUCUUAUUUGAUAUCUUAUAUAAAAAAUUAUAUAACAUCUUAUAUUUUCAUCGUUGAUAUUUAUUUUUAUUUUCAAUAUAUAUUUUGUAGUAAAUUAAAGAAAAACUAGUAAUACUCAGUGAAGUUGAACUCAAUAGUCAAUAUAAUAUCUUUUAUUUGUAUAGCUUUGUAGUUUUUACUUCCAAAUAGGUUGUUUUACGUUAUUGUGUUUAAUAUACCAUAUAGUGAUAUACAUAUAUUAUAUAAAGAGUUUUAUAUAUUUAAAAUUUUUGAUUUUUUUUCUAUAUUAUAUGAUAAAAUUAAUUAUUUUUGUAGUGCAGUUUUUACAGUGCAUAUUUUAAUUUACAUAAAAUUUUUCAAGAUGCAAAAUUCGGAAUUAAAGAAAAAUUUAUCUAAUGAUACAAUAUUUAAUGCAAUAAAUAAAAUGUUUAUAUCAUUAGAAGAUAAUGAUAUACAUAAAACUAAUGAGGCUUUAUUGCCUAUGAUUCAAACUAUAAUAAAUCUCAUGAAAUCAAAGGAUUCAUUGUUUAAAGAAGCAUACCAAGAAAUCAUUUUUUUAGGGAGUUUUUAUAAAGGAACAAAAAUAGAAAAACCAAAUGAAUUUGAUCUAAAUAUUAUUUUAAAAUUACCUCUUAAUAAUAAAGAAAUAAAUUUUUAUUCAGAAAGACCAGCUUUCGUCAAAAUCAAAAUAGAUGAAUCAUCUAUUAAUGAUUCAUCUAAAUAUAAACUUCUUCCAGAUAAAGGGAAAAAAUCAUAUAAAAAUAUUAUUAAAGAUGGCUAUUUAAAUCCAAAUAAAUUUCGUCAGUGGAUUCAAGGAAUUCUAUUUAAAGCUCUUAAUGAUUUUCCAAAAGUUAAAAAUGAAUAUGAAUUAACCGUAGAUCAAUUAAAGGCAAAAAUCAAAAUAAAACAGAGUGGUCCUGCAUGUACAUUAAUAAUAAAUAUUCCACAUAUAAUUGAAAAUAUUUGUAUUGAUUUAGUUCCAGCAUUAGCUUUCCACAUAAAAUACAUUAAUAAGUUUAUUUCUAAAUUUGAUAAACUUGAAAAUUGUAAAAAUGAAAUAUGGUUUGCAAUUCCAUCACCAUUAACAGAUAAUGAUUCUAAUAAUAAUAAUUUUUAUUGGAGACUUUCUUUUAGUUAUCAAGAGAAAGAAAUUCUUAGUAGAUAUGGUCGUAUAAAACCAGUCAUACGUCAAAUGAAGAAAUUAAGAGAUACACAAAAUUGGAAAAGUAUAGCAAGUUAUUUCAUAGAAACUUUAGUUUUACAUAAAAUAGAAGAAUUAAAAAACGAUCUCGAAAAAAUACCAUUUCAAUUAUUUUUAUUUAAAAUGCUUCAAGAAUUAUAUUAUGCUUGUAAUAAACACACAUUAGAAUGUUAUUGGGAUAAAAAAUAUAAUUUAUUUUCAAAGAUUAGUAAAAUAGAAAUGCAAAACAUAAGUUGCCGCUUAAAAAAUAUCAUAAACACUAUUGAAAAAUAUUCAAGUGAUCAAUUCAUACUGGCUAGCUUUAUUUUAAAUUCAAAGGAAUUAGAAUUAUUAAAAGAAAGAAUAAAUAAUCAUCAAUAUAUAAAAGAUAAAAAUGAUGAAAUACAACAAAAAAAUAGUAAUUCAUGCGUAAUAAUUUGAUUUAUUUCAAAAUAUUUUUACAUAAUAAUAAAAAUUUUUUAUUAAUUUUAUUUUUAUUUUUUAAUAUUAAAAAUUUUUUAAAUAUAUAUUCAAAUAUAUAUUUCUAAUAAUUUUAAUGUAUUUAAUUUUAUACUCAAAAUGUUUUCAAAUUAAAACAUUGAUGUUAAUUAAUUUUAAACAUUUUAUUUUUUUAAUACAUUUAUUUUAUUAAUGUUUCAUAUGUUAUAUGUUUAUAUCUUUUCAAUUAAUAUUUUUUUGUAAUAUAUUGUAUUCAAUAUAAAAUUUGAAAUAUAAAAUAACUUAUUUUAAAAAUAUCCAUAUUAUAUUAUAUUUAUAUUGUUAAAUAUUUAUAUUAUAUUUAUAUUAAAAAAAAAUUAAUAAAAGAAUUUUUAAUAUAUCAAAA